GCAUUUAUUUCCCCAGCAGCAUCGCAAAGAUAUGCUCAACAUAAAUCGUCUUGUGCGGAGGUUUCGAAGCGAUGAAGGGUAUUUCGUUAGUACAAAAGUCCCUUGUUCAUCUCAAUUGCUCUGAAUUCUGUCCGUGACCUCUUUUGGCUGCCUUGGAGACCGUUGGCUAGAGCUUUCCAAGCUUCUCUGAACAACUACACCAUCUCAUCCUUUUACAAGCUUCUCUACCGACCGUCAUAAUGUCUCUACAAACACCCCUCACCUCGCUCCUUAACAUCCAACACCCCAUCCUGCUGGCAGGAAUGGCCAAGGCAUCAGGUGCACCCCUCGCCGCUGCUGUCUCCAAUGCCGGCGGUCUAGGAAGCGUAGGUGGUCUGGGUUACAGCCCCGAGCAACUAUCCGAGAUCUUAACCGAGCUGAAAUCUCUUCUGCGAGACCCGUCACUCCCCUUUGGAGUCGACCUCGCCCUGCCCCAAGUCGGUGGUAGUGCUCGCGCCACGAACCAUGACUACACGCACGGUCACCUCGACGAACUGAUCGAGGUCGUCAUCUCCCAUGGCGCAAAGCUAUUCAUCUCCGCUGUCGGGGUCCCGCCCAAACGGGUAAUCGACCGACUCCACAGCGCUGGCAUCCUUAUCAUGAACAUGGUCGGAGCCCCCAAGCAUGCGGAGAAAGCGCUCAAGCUGGGCGUGGAUAUCGUCUGUGCACAGGGUGGUGAAGGCGGCGGACAUACAGGGGAUAUCCCAUUCUCUGUGCUCAUCCCGGCUGUUGUGGACGUGGCGAAGAAGUACAAGAGCCCGUUGACCGGUCAGCCGGCGCAGGUGGUUGCCGCGGGUGGUAUCAAUGAUGGUCGCAGUCUGGCUGCGUCGCUGAUGUUGGGUGCGUCUGGUGUCUGGGUGGGGACGCGGUUCGUAGCCUCGACGGAGAGCAACGCGAGUGAUAUGCAUAAGAAGGCGGUUGUUGGGGCUCAGUAUGGGGAGACGAAGCGUACGCUGGUUGUCAGUGGGCGACCGCUGCGUAUGCUGCCUAAUGAGUAUAUCAAAGAAUGGGAGAAGCGGCCAGAAGAGAUUGCUCGAUUGACGGCCAAGGGAGUCGUUCCCAUCCAGCAUGACUUUGAUGAGGGCAAAGAUGUCGAUAUACCUUUCCUGAUGGGCGAUGUUUCUGCCAGCGUCAAGGAGAUUAAACCUGCUGGUGAAAUUAUCCAGGAAAUGAUUCAUCAGGCCGUGGAUGUGAUUAACCAGGGAGGAUCUUAUAUCAAGCCAGCGAGCAAGCUAUAAACGAGACUUGUUGCAUUUAGAUAAAUAUGUACAUUUUUUUUAUUGUGCCGAUGACUCAUGAAUACUUUUUUCUGCUACAAUAUCCAGAUAGAAUUGCAAUGAAACGGUAGCGUUAAUGGAUACGCCUGGAUAAUAUGGCAUGUACUAGUACAAUAAGACAUUUGAAGAAACGGACAAACAAGAAGAAUAAAAUAGAACCAUGACUUGCGAACCAACAGCUGCAGAUAUGCUCAUCGCAGUUAUAGGCUACUCGACAGCAAGAGUCGUGUGUCCUGGUAAUCCAUCCAAGAAGCCCUGGCGCUAC